CGGCCCCUAGGCCCUCACUCCCUGAGAUAUUUCUACACCGCGGUGUCCCAGCCGUACCAGCCAAGGCCCCGCUUCAUCAUCGUGGGCUACGUGGACGACACGCAGCUCGAGCGGUUCGACAGCGACUCCGAGAGUCAGAGGGCGGAGCCGCGGGCGCCGUGGAUGGAGCAGGUGGAGCCGGGCUAUUGGGACAGGAGCACCCGGAACGCCAAGGACUCCGCACAGACUUUCCGAAGGAACCUUCACAACCUGCGCGGCUACUACAACCAGAGCGAGGACGGGUCUCACACCCUCCAGUUGCUGUUUGGCUGUGACAUGGGACCAGACGGCCGCCUCCUCCGCGGGUACCACCAGUACGCUUACGAUGGCACCGACUACAUCGCCCUGAACGAGGACCUGCGCUCCUGGACCGCGGCCAACACUGCAGCUCAGAUCACCCGGCGCAAGUGGGAGGAAAAUGGUGAUGCCAAGGAAAGGAGACACUACCUGCAGGGAGAGUGCCUGGAGUGGCUGCGCAGAUACCUGGCGCUGGGGAAGGAGGCGCUGCAGCGCGCAGACCCUCCAAAGACACACGUGACCCACCACCCCAUCUCUGACCGUGAGGUCACCCUGAGGUGCUGGGCCCUGGGCUUCUACCCUGCGGACAUCAGCCUGAGCUGGCAGCGUGAUGGGGAGGAGCAGACCCAGGACAUGGAGUUUGUGGAGACCAGGCCUGCGGGGGAUGGGACCUUCCAGAAGGGGGCGGCCCUGGGGGUGCCACCUGGAGAGGAGUUUUUGGGAGAGGAGCAGAGAUCCACGUGCCAUGUGCAGCAGGAGGGGCUGCCCGAGCCCCUGACCCUGAGAUGGGAGCCACCUCCUCAGGCCACCAUCCCCCCUGUGGGCCUCAUUGUGGGCCUGGUCAUCCUUGGAGCUGUGGUCAUUGGAGCUGUGGUCAUUGGAGCUGUGAUGUGGAGGAGGAAGCACUCAGGUGGGAAAAAAAGAAUCUAUGAUCAGGCUGCCAGCAGCAAUGGUGCCCAGGGCUCUGAUGUAUCUCUCACGGCUUCUAAAGCAUGAGGCACUUGUCCGGGAUUGAGAGAUGGGAGAUAUGAACACCUCUGAGGUUCCCCGUCCUUUCGGUCCCGCCGCAGCUGCAGCACUGAGUCAGCGGCACCCACACUCCAGGCUCCUCUCAGCGCCUCCACUCAGCUCUACUCCAUGCCGCAGGCUCCCUGCGCCUAGCCGCCAGGACUGAACCAGCCAUCUCCUUUUUCAAGGACUUCCUGGCCUGAGGGGUUGCCGCCGCCAUCUCCAAGAUGGCCAUGGCCCCAUGGAGCGGGUCAAGCUGCUGUUGCAGGUGCAACAUGCCAGCCAGCAGAGCACCUCCAACAAGCAGUACAAGGACAUCAUGGACUGCAUCAUGCACAUCCCCAAGGAGCAGGGCGUGCUGUGCUUCUGUCGGGGCAACAUGGCCAAUGUCAUCCACUAUUUCCCCACCCAAGCCCUCAACUUUGCCUUCAAAAAUAAGUAUAAGCAGGUCUUCCUGGGGGGCACGGACUUCCACAUGUGAGGACCAGCACGAAGUGGUGUGAGAAGGCACGGACAAGGCACACCCAGUUCUGGAGGCACUUCUAGGGCAACCUGGCUCGUGGCUGAUGUGGGGAAAUCGGGCGCCGAGCACCAGUUCAAGGGCCUGGAACCCUGCCUGGUGCACAUCACCAAGUCGGACAGCAUCCAGGCAUGUACCACGGUUUCAAUGUCUCCAUUCAAGUCAUCAUCAUCUACCGGGCAGCCUACUUCGGGGUGUAUGACACGGCCAAAGGCAUGCUCCCCGACCCCAAGAACACCCCCAUCAUCAUCAGCUGGAUUAUCGCCAAGUCGGUCACGGCCAUAGCGGGUGUAGUGUCUACCCCUUUGACUCUGGGUGGCGACAGAUGAUGAUGCAGUCAGGGCGCAAAGGAGCUGACAUCAUGUACACCGGCACCAUCUACGAGGGUGGCAAGGCCUUCUUCAAGGGCACCUGGUCCCACGUCCUGAGGGGCAUGGGCGGGGCCUUCAUGCUGGUCUUAUAGGAGGAGCUGAAGGUCAUCUAGGUGCCCCGCCUAGGACCCCAGGGCAGUGGAGGCCCCUCAAGGUUAUAGACCAUUGACCUUCCAGAAAUUCCAACAUCCCAGCCAGGCCAGAUCAUGGUAGCGCCUGGCGGGGCUCUUCGACAAAACCCUUCUGAUCAUGACCACUGACACCCCAUCCCAUGCCUCGAUGAGGGGGAGGGCACUCCGACACCCCAUGCGGUCCCGGGUAGGCCGCCCCUCCCCACCUUGCCAGCCACUGUAUGUAGCAUUUAUUUAAAGGAAAUCAUGCCACCAUCCAUGCUUCUCUGCUGUCCUCUCUGCACAGCUGAGUAUCUGCAAAUCUCUUCUCUGUUGGGCAUUCAGCAAACAAUUAAACCCAGACACUGAGAAAAAAAAGAAUCUCUGGUUUCUUUCUGCAAACGGCAUCUGAAUGUGUGUGUUCCUAUCAGCAUAACAUGAGGAGGGGGGAGGCGGCCCCCCCCCUUCCCGCCACACCCCCUCCCCAGCCUUUCCUGUCCAGUAGAGGUGGGACUGGCCCUCCCCAUUCCUGUUUUUACUUCCUGGUGCGCUCAGCUGCAGCUUCUUACUGCCUGAUUGAAAUAAGAGUCUGGAUUUGCA